AUGAUCAAGCUUGAGUCUGCCCAGAACGAGGCCCCCGCCGAUCGCCUGGAAACCAAGGGCUUUGUGGGAUCUCCAGUCGCGAUCAUCGAUGGUGUCUCCUUCUCAGCUGAUGCCUGGUCGAACUGGGGUCAGAACCUCUCCAGCCAGCCCGAGGCAACAUUCUACCCGCACAGCCUGAAGGAUCUCAUGGUGAUUGUCCGCGAGGCCAAGAACAACGACAAGAAGAUUCGCUGCGCCGGCACGGGUCACUCCUGGUGUAGCAGCUCCGCCACGAGCGACUACUUGGUCUUGAAUCACAACCUGAACAAGAUCUAUUCACCCAAGGAAGGGCAAGAGGGAUGGACGGUAACGAUCGAGAGUGGAGUUACGGUUGCGGAACUAGACCAGGCCCUUAGGCAGCAUAACCCUCCUUUGGCGUUGCCUUCGAACGUUGUCCCGUCGACUGUGCGCUACGGAGGUGUCCUCAGCAUGGGUUGCCACGGAGUGUCCCUCAACUCGCGCACGAUGUCGGACAUGAUCUCCGAGAUGACCAUCCUCAAUGCCAACAACGAGCUUGUUACCUACUCUGAGCAAAAAGAUCCCGAGGCCUUCUCAGCCGCAUGCCUGAACCUCGGUCUCCUGGGCAUCAUCUACACGGCCACGCUCCGAGUCGAGGUCAUGCAUACCCGUCUCCUUGUCCGAGAUUCGUACCCCACCUUGGAGUCCGUCUUUGAGGGGCCCGAUGCCGGUCUUCGUGUGAAGGCCAUGAUCCUCAAGAACGAUUCGACCGAGUUCUUGUACUGGCCCUUCAAGCAUUUCAUGAAACCUGACCAGAAUGAUGCGAUUUGGAUCAAGGAAUGGGAACGUACGACCGCGCCGGCCGAGCCUGUGGAUCCUUACAAGGACCAGCCGCCUACGGUCGAUAACCCAUUCUUCUCGAUGCUUCAUGUGGGCGAAAGGGUGCUCGAGAUCCCAGAGGCGUUGCAUUUCCAGCUUGGAGAUGAAGUGACGACGGUGUUGGAUGCCGGUGUGGCGUUUAAGGCUGAUAUGGACUUUAAGAACGUUGUCGAGUGCUGGAAGGAGCUUAUUGCUAAGAACUGGGUAUUCACAACAAGUAUGCCGGAGCGUAUGGGCACAGCGCUUGAAAUGCGCAUGAUCAAGUCGUCGAACAAGUUGCUGUCGCCCCUGUACGACGAGGAUCCCGAGGCCAUCUACUGCAUGAUCAAUGUCAUAGCUGCCUCGGGUACUCCUGGAUUUGAGGAGUAUUCUGCAGGCAUUGUCACUGAUUGGAUCGAGAAAUACAACGCCAAACCUCACUGGCCAAAGAUGUGGGAGAGUGUUCCGAACAUUGUCCCAUACUUGCGCCGCGAGUACGGAGACCGCCUGGUUCGAUUCAACCACAUUCGCAAACUCCAAGAUCCGAGCGACGUUUUUGUGAACGGUACCUGGAAGCCCCUUCUUCAGGAUCUCUAA